UUACUGGGGCACACCCACUGUCUGAGGGACCAGGCAACUGUCAGUGAAACAAAAGGCAGCGAGCCAAACCCAUUGCAUACACUUUUCAUGUACAGAAGUUGUUGGUGUUGAAAGGGAGUGAAGUGAGGGAAUGGAUUGGCGAGAGCUGAAUUUAGUUCGCAUGAGGACUGUAAUUUUCUCCUGUAUAUAAACGUCGCAAUGGUUAACACGCUGUGGUUCCGAACGUGAGGAUAUAUGGAGGCACUUAAGUGGACAUAAAUCAUUCCUUUGAAACUGGAAAGCUAUCAUCAAAUUUCCUAUGAGACUGAAUUUAGAUAACUGAACCAAAUGGUCUGAAUGUACCUGCUUUUGAAAAUGAAGUUUCUUUGGAACUACACUUCAGUGAAAUCCCAGGUUUUUUGAACAGCAUAUUCCCUCAUCCUUCUGAGGUAGAAAGAUGUUGGCCACAGACAAAGGAGUGGUUGAGGAGUGGCUUUCAGAGUUUAAGACUCUGCCUGAGACCUCCAUAUCCAGCUAUGCUUCAAGUUUAAAAGGCAAGAGUAGCCUGGUUUCGGAAUUAUACACAGUCAUCUGUGAGCCACAUAGUGAGUUGCUGGAGCCAGUUUGCCACCAAUUGUUUGAAUUUUAUCGCACUACUGAGGUCGAGCUGAAAAGAUUCACGUUACAGUAUCUUCCUGAACUUGUGUGGAGUUACCUUUCCGUGAUAACAAAAGAUAUGCACAGUAGUGGCUGCAUUGAGGCACUCCUCUUGGGCAUCUACAAUUUGGAAAUUGCUGAUAAGGACGGGUGUAGCAAAGUGCAGACUUUUACGAUCCCAUCUCUUUCAAAACCUUCUGUGUAUCAUGAGCCUUCUAGUUUUGGUUCUAUGGCACUUACGGAGGGUGCUUUAUCUCGACAUGGCUUGACAAAAGUUGUACAUAGUGGACCGUACUGUCAAAGGGAAACAUUUACAGCACAAAACAGGUUUGAAGUGUUGACAUUCCUAUUUCUCUGUUAUAAUGCAUCAAUAAUCUACAUGCCUUCUCAGUCACUGCGCUCUCUGUGCCAUACAUGUUCCAGAAUAUGUGUUAGUGGAUUUCCAAGGAGGUUGCAGAAGAAAUACACUGAUGUUGAAAGCAGAAUACCUGUCUCUGCUGAAUUUAUGGUACACAUGUUAACAGCUAUUUAUUAUGCUAUGUAUAAUGGAGAAUGGGACUUGGCUUGCAAAGCAUUGGAUGAUCUAUUGUACAGAGCCCAGUUGGAGAUGUUUGCAGAACCCUUACUGGUUGGCAAUGCAAUCAAAAAUAUGUUGCCUUUUGGUGCCCUAAAAUCAUCGAAAGAUGCUCCACGAUCAAUUGAGGUAGAGAUAACUCCGACGUCAUCCAGAAUUUCGAGGAAUGCAGUCACUAGUUUAUCAAUUCGAGGACAUCGAUGGAAGAGGAAUGAACUAACUGAUUUACAAGCCCAGGAGGAUCUUACAGACAUUUCUGAAGUGGAUGAAGGAUUUAUUCCCAAGGCUUCUAAUGCAAGCAAUAUAACCACUAAUACAAGCAGCAAGACAUCUGCUGGGAAAAGUCAAAUGAAAUCAUCAAGCAGCAAACCCCAUAAAGAAAUGGUGGACGAGACAUGCCGGGAACAUUCUGCUCGUAAGCAAUCUCGAAGAGCUGUGAGUGAGAAUCUAGAACUCUUGGCCAUGAAGAGACUAACUCUGACUAGUAGUCAAUCUCUGCCUAAGCCAGGAAGCCACAAUCACUUGGCUAGCACUGCUACGACCCACUUCAGUAAAUCCUUUGAGCACGUUAGUGGAGUUUAUAUUGGAAGUAGUCCAGCUGGUGCCACAAGUAGGAAUUCUGAAGAAUCCAACCGAUUCUCUGCUUGUAGCCUUCAAGAUGACAGACUUGCACUUGUGCCUGAUUGAGACCUUCAAGCUUCCAUCUCUCAACACCAGAAGCAUCACUACUCACCUGGUUUUAAUGUUCAUCUCUUGACAGCUAUGUAACUUUGCAAAAUGGAUAUUAAAGAAAAGCUUCUAUUUUUUUGUAUAAUUUGAUUUGUCAAAUGCGAAACUGUAUUUUUACACAGUAUAAAUUGAGGUUUGAACCUUUUCUUAAUGUGCCUGUAAAAACUAAGUGUUAAUCAAACAGCAAUGAAAGGGAUGGGGCAUUACUUUUUGAGUCCUUUUCUCUUGAUGUGCAUGCUCAUUUAUUUUCAUCUAACUCAAUUUUUAAAAAUUAUUUUAUGAUCACUAACUACAACAGUAUUCCCAUUUGAAGGAGCAUGCAUUACAUGUUCCUAUGUAUUACUUGUUUCUGUUUUGACCUGUCUUGCUUUUUGUGACUGAGAAUUUAUUUUAUUAGAUAUUUCUGCCACGUUCAAGGAAGUUGUAUUUUGAGAGAUUUGUUAUAAUGUAAGCAAUUUUGAAUUUAAGGUAAUUAAAUGUAGAAUAUGGGUAUUAACUUAGCUGAACUGGAUUAUGUAUCAUCUUAUGUCUAAAUUGUAUAUAUGCAUACAAAUCCAUAUCUCCACUUUUCAAAGGUAUCAUUAUAAACUCAUUCUACUUUUCAACAGUAAACGCAUUUUUAAUUUAACAUUACAUUAACCAUUACAGAAAUUACCCACAACUUUGAUAAACCAGAAAUUGAAAAUGCUCUUGUGAUACGAAGAGGUAGACUUGAGGGUUGUGCAAAAUCAUUCACUAUCGUGGAUCAUGCUGCCACUGUAGCACUUUUGAGCAGAAAUGUUCUAUUGAACAGUUUAUAAACUCUUAAACAUCUUUUAAGUUGUCGAUUUAUUGUGAAGCACAUCUAAAUUUUAGAUGUGAUUGCCUAGUUAAAUACAUGGAAGAAUAAACUUGAAUUAAAAUUACUUGUUACAGGACGAUUGGGCAUUUUUAGGUUUGUACAAAUUAUUUGGUUAUGAUUUCUCAAUUCCUUAACUUUUUGUCAGAUAACAACUUGCAUUUACUGUGUAAAGAAAGCCAUUGUUAAAGUGGAUUUUUAAAGUUUGUAUUUUCCUGAAGCAUUAAGCCUUGCUGGUUUGUAUUGUUUUUGGCAGCUAAAUUGUGCAUUUUGUUCAAAAUGUUAAAUGUUACUUAAUUGUAUUUCAACUUCUACAUGUGCAUUUCUGUUUUGCUGGAUCACUAGAACUCCGUAAGAACAGGAAAUUGGGGUUUUACUUUCCUCUUGCCUGGUUAAGGCAAAUCUUUAGUGCCUAGAUUAAGAAGCAGACAAGGAUCAAACUUCAGACUUACCUGGUCUGUAUGGCUUUGUUCCAAAAAAAUUCUUAAACUGAAUCAUGUAAUGUCCACAUGAUGCUUUUUAGUGUGGAAUAGCAUGAACAAUUAAUUCAUGACUUUUUAAAAUCACUUGUAUGGAGAGCUAAAUAGAAUGAAGAAAUAUAAUAGUUGGUUUCAUUACUAUUUGAUUAGUUGAUACUCCAUAUUUUAUACCAGUGAGUUCAUUCAAAGAGCUUGACUAUUGCUGCAAUGUGCUCCACAUUGUUAUUUUAUAGAGUUUUUAACAUAGCACUUUAUUUUAGAUUUAUUCCUUUAGCAUUUGCAAUUGAAACCAAAUGAAAAGGCCAUGAGCAUUCUAUAAAUGAGGUCUGAAUUAAAAGGUGAAUUGAUUCAAUUAUAUAAACGUGCUGUUAAAUAGCAUAGUAAAAUAUGAUGUCAUCUUGAAUAUUUUAGACGUGCAUUGUUAACCAGUCAUUUUCUUUGUAUUAGUGUUUGUUUAUCAAAGGGAUAGAUCGUAGGCAUACUGCUUUUGCUACCCUUCUAGAUUUUGUAUAUUUGUCUUGACUAGAAAUGUUUACUUUUGUAUUAAUGCUGACUUUAGGAUUUCAGAAAUGAAAUGUAUUUGUAACUAUCUUAAUUGUACUGUCUACAUUUAAUCAGCAAUUGGUGUUCUGCAUUAAAAAAAACUGUGGAUGCUGUAAAU